AUGUCCGCUGAACUAGAUUUGUCAAUUAAGUCAUAUUUCGAUAGUACGCCUGUUUCAUUAUGGUCGUAUUUGGGUUUUCUAAAGACAUUGAAAUCUUAUUGCAUCUCGAAAGAAUAUUUGCUGGACGAUCUAAAGUCCAUUUGGAGGAAGCGAUAUAUAAACUUUCUAAGUAACUUUCUUGAGAAAGAACAUGAUAAUGAUAUCAAAAAUCGUGUAACUAUUCUGAUUCGACAGGGGUGCCGUCCUCUCUGUGGUAUGGGGUGCCGUUCCUCAGCACUGUAUCUCACGAUCUUCUCUGCUGUUGCACGGCCUAGGGAGGGUGCCGUCCUUCUCGAGAAGCAUCCACCUGAAGAAGAGAGUUUUUGGGAUGGUGUCAAAAUAGAGAGAGAGUUGAUGAUAAAAGAGGAUAUUUUCGAUAAGAAAUCGCAGAUAGAAGCGUUGGAUGUGCUCUGCGUUUCUCGUAGCCAGAAAUCUAAUGAGUAUGUUAAUAAAGUAAAUUCACGCCUACUGAAACAAGCUGAGAUAUCAAGAGAGAAAGAAGUGGGUACCAUAAUAGGACAAAAGCGAUCUUACGAGGAAGACUUACCUUCGACACCACCGGGCAAGAUCAGAACAAUCAGUACGGAAGUGGAUAACGAUUUAGCGUUCAGUGACGAGACAAACAUCGCUAAUAGCGAGGGUGAUGAUUUGUCUCCCGAUGACGAAAUUGAUGAUGUAUCAGCUGAAGUCCAACAGUUUAUUGCGAAAAUGAAGAGAGUGAAGCACCGUCUUUUUGAUUAUCAUAUUGUCAACCUUUCUGAGCAGAAUCAAAUGGACCCAGUUAACAAAACCUUUACAGACGAUGAGAAGAAAACGAUGAGAAAAUUCUGGGAACUUGGUGAGCCAUCGGCUGAAGAGAAAUUAAACACUUUACGUCGAUCAAAAUGGGAUAACAGCAUAAAACAACUUGUUAAUAAAUAUACGUCUGCAGUUGAGCUCAGAUCGAUUUUUGACGAAGAAGAAUCGCCAUCAGAGAUUAUUUUUGAAAGGCCGUUUAAAGGAAAGCUUGUAUUUAGGACUCAUUAUGACCUGUUGUGGAUUCAGGACGUUUAUAAGCGAUUUAUACUCCUAUUUGCCAUGCCAUUCAAUGCACUUCUUGAUCCGGAUGCAACUGAGUUUGCAUAUAGGGAAUCAUUCGUCAAUCCAAUCAUUCCUAAAGCAUUCGACGAUGUGAGCGCUACUAUCAGAUUUAAAACCGGGGAGGUGGAAAGUACCUUGCGAAAACAGCACAGAGACGAGACUAAAGGGCAAAAGCCGCGUGUCAACGUCGGGACGAACCAUGACGGAAUCCUCAAGAUCUGCAUGAAUGCUAAAGAAAUAGAAGUGGGUUUUUUGGAGGUCGUGGGAAAUGCAGUGUUGGUGGAUGUGACCAAACACCAUAAUGUCAUGGAUAAGUUACUUAAAGCAAUGCAAAUAUCGAUCUUUUACCAAAGACGGUAUCAUCUGCAACGCAACGCAACAGAAGAACAGCUUGAAUGCAUCCAGAGUUAUGGAGUGCUUGUAUAUCAGCGUGAAACAACAAUUUAUACAAUGCAUUUCAAAGGAGGAUUGCAUAUUGUUGACAUUCUCACAAGUUUCAUAAUCCCAGACAAUGCUGACCAAGCAUAUGUAUUGGCCGAAAUUAUGGAAAAGGUGUAUUUUUUUAAGGUAUCUAUCUAG